ACUUGGGGAGGAAGAAAGAGAGAGAAAGGGGGGGUGGGGAGGGGUUGUUUAAUUGUUGAAAAAGGAGAAGUGAUAAAAAACUAAGGGGUGUUUUUCUCUUUGAAAGGUUUCUUGAGUUUUGAAAGGACGUGAAGGGCGAUUCAUUUCCAUGGACAAAACACCUUUGGAAUAACCUUUUUUGUGUCCUGAACACAACAGGUCAAUACCAGUAUAUACAAACACAACCAUUCAUACCAAAACAAACAACAGCACAAAGACAUUCCACAAAAAUGGGUUAUUUUGUUUCCCUCAACACUUUCCCAAUGAUACCUGCCCUGAUUGCUUUCCUUGUUAUUUCCUCCUCUCUUGGCCUCGUCCUGUCUGUGCCAUUGAUUCCAGACUCCGGUCACCGGCCAGUGGCCAACCAGACUUUUAGACCCUACAAGGAGAUUCAGAAGCUAAGGAGAAUCAAUGCUUAUCUCAAGAAGAUCAACAAACCUGCGGUCAAAACAAUUCAGAGCCCUGAUGGGGAUUUGAUAGAUUGUGUUCUGUCUCAUCUUCAACCAGCCUUUGAUCAUCCUGAGCUUAGAGGGCAGAAGCCAUUGGAUCCCCCAGAGAGGCCAAGAGACCAUAAUUGGACAGAAGCAGUAAGGGAAAGCCUCCAGCUUUGGACAGAUUCAGGUGAAUCGUGCCCUGAAGGAACUGUUCCAAUCAGGAGAACUGCAGAGAAGGAUAUUCUGAGAGCAAGUUCCAUUAGAAACUAUGGAAGAAAAUUGAGAAGAAAUGUAAGGAGAGACUCAACCGGGAAUGGUCAUGAGCAUGCUGUUCUAUUUGUGAAUGGAGAACAGUAUUACGGAGCAAAGGCAAACCUAAAUGUAUGGGCACCGCAGGUAACUAGUGAAUAUGAGUUCAGCUUGUCACAGAUUUGGAUCAUCUCAGGGUCAUUUGGCAAUGAUCUGAAUACCAUUGAAGCUGGAUGGCAGGUUAGCCCUGACUUGUAUGGUGAUAACUAUCCUAGAUUCUUCACUUAUUGGACGGCUGAUGCAUACCAAGCCACUGGAUGUUACAAUUUACUAUGUUCUGGCUUUGUACAAACUAACAACAAGAUUGCUAUUGGAGCAGCAAUCUCUCCAAGGUCCUCCUACAACGGCAGACAAUUUGAUAUUGGAUUAAUGGUUUGGAAGGAUCCAAAGCAUGGAAAUUGGUGGCUAGAGUUUGGAUCAGGACUAUUGGUGGGAUACUGGCCAGCAUUUUUGUUCAGUCAUUUGAGAAGCCAUGCCAGCAUGAUACAAUUUGGUGGAGAAAUUGUCAACACAAGAUCAUCAGGAUUCCACACAUCCACUCAGAUGGGAAGUGGCCAUUUUGCAGGAGAAGGAUUUGGAAAAGCAGCCUAUUUCCGGAACCUUCAAAUUGUGGAUUGGGAUAACAACUUGCUUCCCUUAACAAACCUUCAUCUCUUGGCUGAUCAUUCAAACUGUUAUGAUAUAAGACAAGGGAGAAAUAGUGUUUGGGGAACUUACUUCUACUAUGGAGGUCCUGGAAGAAAUGUGAGGUGUCCAUGAACAAAAGUCAAAAAAGCAUAGGGUAAAAAGAUUAAAGGGUCAGCCACUAUUUUUCUCUGAUUUUCUUUCUGGGUAUUUGGUUUUCCUGCUACCCUUAACAUGGUUUGGCUUAUUUUUUUAGAGUUUUUUUUUUCUUUUUUCUUUUUUUGGCGUGUGUGUUCAAUGUAUAUUUUCCUUCCCCUUAUAGGUAAUUUCCCACUUUUGGGAUUCUAUGUAAAUUUUAGGGGAAAUACAAAAUUGUUAAUAACAGUUAGUUGUCUGUACUUUCCUCCUGUUUAGGACAGCUGGAGGUAAUGACCUCAAGAAAGGGCCAAAACAGCC